AUGAAGGGAUACAGUGUGCUGCGCGCAAAGCUUACCGACGAACUCGUAGCAUUACAGCAACAAACGCCCGUACAACCGUACAGCAUAGCACACCGUCUGAGGUUGGCAAAAGCCUACAGAAGCCUUGGAUACCCCGAUCUUGCUGUUGGUGAUGCAUACAAGGCGCUUUUGCUUGUUGACGAAGUGGCUGAGGAAGGCGAAUAUCACGAGGAAGCGUUGGAAGCUGCAAACGCCGAUUAUCUCUCUGAAGGAAUCGAAAGCCUAGGGCUGGAUUGUACCAAACAAGCUCAGAAUGAAGACGAGGAUAGAGUAAUUGCUUGGGUGCAAGGGCAAUGCUCGAAAACUGCGCAUGAUAUUCUCAUAGAAGGUCUCUUAGCUUGCGGUUGCUUUCGUAGCGCUUUCGACUAUAUCGCACGUGCGAUAAGAGCUUUUCCCGAUGAUGAUACCUUCAGAAGGUAUGAUGAGACCUUGACAUCAAAACUUGAGUCCUACUACGAGAAGGAAGGCAAAGACGCCAACGAUGUUGAGGUAGAAGACUAUCCCGACAAAGGACUCGUUCGUCGCGAAAAUUACCCUUGGAACGUACAUGAGCCAGAUCGCUUCUCCGAGGACUGUCUGCGGUUUUUGAACGAUGAAAUGGCAAACAUAGCACCCAAGCUGGAAGUCAAGGUCUCUGAACUACCGUUGCUUUCGACCGACUCAUCGACUAAGGGAACGAACCAAGAAGUCCAAUUUGUGAAACAACUAGGUGUGUUCGCAAAGGAGGAUAUAGCGCCUGGGGUGGAGGUACUCAAAGAGAGGUCUCUCUUGACAGCUGUGUCCAGACUCCAUGAAACGUAUUGCGACGCUUGUAGUGCCACGCUACCUGAUUCGAAAGAUGCAGAGAGUAUUAUCCAGGCAUGCGAGGAGUGUGACGAGGUGUUCUUCUGUAGCGAAGAGUGCCAUGACCUGGCACAGGACACCUAUCAUCCUUCGAUCUGCGGGGUUAGCGUUGAACCGGGCAAAGUUUCUGCUCGCGAAGCAGCAGAUUCCCUAUAUUCCAUACUCCUCGUUCGAGCCCUGGCGCUAGCAGAGACACAAGGUCUCCAUCCAUUGGAAUUGAAGGAAUUACGCUUCAUUUGGGGCGACUACCAUAGCCAGAAUCUGGAUAUCGCAUGGCAAGUCGACCCUCAAAAUCAGCUCGUCAACGCUUUCGGUGGUGUCUCUCAGACUUUGCCAUUCUCGUUCAACAACAACGUCAUCAAACCACUACAUAUUCUGGAAAAGAUGGACGUGAACAUAUUCGCACAAAGCCAUCGAUACGACACUUGGGUGUUCAAUACUAUUUAUGCUAAGCUGCGGGGUACGGCAUCCGCUCAACAGGGACUGGAUGGGCGACCGGAGAUUGGAGCUGUACAUCCAAUGUGGUGUCUAGCGAACCAUAGCUGCGACCCCAACGUAGCUUGGGAAUGGCAAGGAACCAUGAAGUUUUGGACACGAGAAAAGCUGGUCGACUGGGAGGGAAGGGACCCUACAAAGGUACCUGGAUUGAGGAAAGGCGAAGAGGUUUUCGGACAUUACUGCGACGUCAGAUUGCCUGUCAAAGAGCGCAGAGAGUGGGCAACUGGUGCGCUUGGAGGAGACUGUAUGUGCUCAAGAUGUGUUUGGGAAGAGGCAGAGCAACGCCGUGCAGAUGCUGUGGCACAGUAG